GGGCGGGGCGAUCGCGAGCGCAGCCCGGGGCCAUGCAGCGCCGGCAGCCCGCCGCCGCCGCCGCCGCGCGCCGCUGAGCCGCCUCCCUCGCCCGCCCUCGGUCCUCGCUCGCGCCAGCCAUGAACUUCCCAGGCGGGCCCGGCCAGAGCCCCGGGCAGCCGCCGCCGCCGCCGCGAGACCCGCCGAGCCUGGCGGCGCCGGGGGGUCCGGGCGGGCCGGGCGCGGGCGGCGCGCCGCAGCCGCAGUUCGGCCUUUCCAACUCGGCGGCCAUCCGCGCGGAGAUCGGGCGCUUCGAGUCGGUGCACCCCAACAUCUACGCCAUCUACGACCUCAUCGAGCGGGUGGACGACCUGGCGCUGCAGAACCAGAUCCGCGAGCACGUCAUCUCCAUCGAGGACUCGUUUGUGAACAGCCAGGAGUGGACGCUGAGUCGCUCUGUGCCAGAGCUCAAAGUGGGGAUCGUGGGCAACCUGUCCAGCGGGAAGUCCGCCCUGGUGCAUCGCUACCUCACAGGGACCUACGUGCAGGAGGAGUCCCCGGAAGGAGGCCGAUUCAAGAAGGAGAUUGUGGUGGACGGGCAGAGUUACCUGUUGCUGAUUCGCGAUGAAGGGGGGCCUCCAGAGCUGCAAUUUGCUGCCUGGGUGGAUGCCGUCAUCUUUGUCUUCAGCCUGGAGGAUGAAAUCAGCUUCCAGACUGUCUACAACUACUAUCUGCGCCUCUGCAGUUACCGAAACACUUCAGAGGUGCCCAUGGUGCUGGUGGGCACACAAGAUGCCAUCAGCGCCACGAACCCCCGGGUGAUCGAUGACUCCCGAGCCAGGAAGCUCUCCAAUGACCUGAAGCGCUGCACCUACUACGAGACAUGUGCCACCUACGGGCUCAACGUGGAGCGCGUCUUCCAGGACGUGGCUCAGAAGGUGGUGGCCCUGCGCAAGAAACAGCAGCUCUCCAUUGGGCCCUGCAAGUCCCUUCCAAACUCGCCCAGCCACUCCUCUGUCUCUGCUGCUUCCAUACCCUCCGUCCACAUCAACCAGGCUGCCAACGGGAGCGGGGCCUUCAGCGACUAUUCCUCCUCCGUGCCCUCUACCCCGAGCAUCAGCCAGCGAGAGCUGCGGAUCGAGACCAUUGCUGCUUCCAACACUCCCACGCCCAUCCGCAAGCAGUCAAAGCGCCGGUCCAAUAUCUUCACAUCUCGAAAAGGCACUGACAUCGAGCGGGAGAAGAAGGCCCCAGAGUGUAAGGCGGACACGAUUGGCAGCGGGCGGGCCAUUCCCAUUAAGCAGGGAGUCCUCCUGAAGCGCAGUGGAAAAUCCCUCAACAAGGAGUGGAAGAAGAAGUACGUGACUUUGUGUGACAAUGGAGUCCUUACCUACCACCCCAGCCUCCAUGACUAUAUGCAGAACAUCCACGGGAAGGAGAUAGACCUGCUGAGGACCACUGUGAAGGUGCCGGGCAAAAGGCUUCCCCGGGCCGCCGCCGCCACCUCUGCCCCUGGUGCCAGCCCCAAGACCAACGGCCUGGCCAAGGAGAGGAGCGCCCUGCCAUUCCCCGGAGGAUCCAGUGCUCCCCACUCAGCCAGCAGCACCUCUCUGCAUUCGGAACGCUCGGGCAGCGGCACGAACCUGGGGGGGUUCAGCCUGAAGCCGGAAGGCAGCGGCAUACACCAGCGUUCCUACUCUGUCUCCAGCGCGGACCAGUGGAGCGAAGUGGUUGUGAUCCCCAGUGGCACGCCCAACCCAGCCAAUGGUGCCGGCGACUCCCUGAGUUCCAGCCCCAACGUCUCCAGCACGGCUAGCCCAAAGCUGGAGCCCCCGCCAUCCCCUCAUGCCAACCGGAAAAAGCACCGUCGGAAAAAGAGCACGGGCACGGGCCGGCCUGAUGGGGCAGGCACCGUGGCUGAAGAGCAAGAGGAGUCCUUUGAGUUCAUCGUGGUCUCCCUGACGGGCCAGUCCUGGCUCUUCGAAGCUUCCACGGCGGAGGAGCGAGAGCUUUGGGUGCAAGCCAUUGAGAGCCAGAUCCUGGCAAGCCUCCAGGGCUGCGAGAGCAGCAAAAACAAGUCUCGACUGGGGAGCCACAGUGAUGCGGUUGCCAUCCAGUCCAUCCGCACAGUGCGCGGCAACAGCUUCUGCGUGGACUGCGACGUGGCCAACCCCGACUGGGCCAGCCUGAACCUGGGGGCGCUCAUUUGCAUCGAGUGUUCCGGCAUCCACCGCAACCUGGGCACGCACCUCUCCCGCGUUCGCUCCCUGGACCUGGACGACUGGCCACUGGAGCUGGUGAUGGUAAUGACGGCCAUCGGAAACGCCCUGGCGAACUCUGUGUGGGAAGGCGCCACUAAGAGCUACCCCAAGCCGGGUCCUGAGAGCUGCAGGGAAGAGAAGGAGUGCUGGAUUCGGGCCAAGUAUGAGCAGAAGCUCUUUCUGGCACCCUUGCCCCACUCGGAUGUGCCCCUGGGCCAGCAGCUGCUGCGGGCUGUGGUGGAGGAUGACCUGCGGGCGGUGGUCAUGCUGCUUGCCCAUGGCACCAAGGAAGAGGUGAACGAGACCUACGGGGAUGGAGAUGGACGGACAGCCCUGCACCUCUCCAGUGCCAUGGCCAACGUGGUCUUCACCCAACUCCUCAUCUGGUAUGGAGUGGACGUGAAAAGCCGAGAUGCCCGGGGCCUGACUCCUCUGGGCUAUGCGCGCUGCGCUGGCAGCCAAGAAUGCGUGGACAUCCUGCUCCAACAUGGCUGCCCUGGGGAAGCCGCUGCAGGCAGUCUCACCCCCAGCUUGCCUCGCCGCAACAUCAACAACAAUGCAUCCGGCACUCCGCUCUCUGAGCCGACCUGCCCUGUUGGGGCCCCAGGAGCACUUGGUCCAAGCCUCUAAGAAGUUGGCAGCUCCUGUACCCAUGGCCCUCUCAGCAGGUCGCUGCAUGGUCUCACUGGGCAGCCUCCUUGUGACCCUCACCAUCCUCUUGGGGCCCGGAGAGACUGGAGCUUCUUGGAGGGGAUGGGGGUAUCCUUCUGCACUCUGCACCCACCCCCCAAGAAAAAGGGCACAUGAACACCACUUUGGGUGCCUGGGCAGGUGACCCCCUUGGCAACCCCCGUUUCUCUGCUUCUCCCCCACCCACUUUUCUGCUUCUGCCAGGACCUGCUGCAGGUCCUCUGCCUGGUGUGAGGACUCGUGGGGGAAGGGGGGGCAGUUUCAAUGCUGCUUGACAUUUCCCAGCAUCACUUGUCUCAAGUCAGUUGUGUAUAAAAUGUACAUUGGAAAUAUUUAUAUGACAGUCUGUAAAUAAGGUUUUCUGCCCUGUUGGUGUGUCUGUGUGUGCAAGUGUGAGAGAAUGUCCCCACAGCAGAGAAGCUGCAUAAUAAAGGAACUGCUCCACUUCC